AUGAGGGAUCAAUUGAUCUCCCCCCGUUACCUCUUCACAUCUCUUCCUUCUUUUUCCAAUAUAUGUGAUCCCGCAGCAAGGGACAUUUCUGCCAUGUCGUUCGACAAAACUCGCGCUCGAGAAGGGCAGCCCCCGUCACCUUUCCGGCACGCGUCGAAAUCUGAAUCCAAUAACCGGAAGCUCCAUUCCCCGGAGGAUGGGUUGCAAUCGCGUGCUAUUCGAUCCAGAUCACUAGCCCAGGCAUAUCGCGAAAUAUCCAGAAAUACUAUGGCCGUUGCCACCGAGGACCUGUCACCGGUGACGACACCAAGUCCGCAACAGAAGCGCCAGACCUACGCGUUCCCUUCAUAUCAGUUCUCACCUCCUCCCUACGAAUUACAAAACGCCUACGACCAGAUCCAACAGGGAGAGAUGAUUUCCGAUUAUGUACGCGACGAGGAGUCGGAAAAGCAACGCGCCGCGCGCCGCUCCGCGAGCCGGGGCCGUCAAACAUCGUUCCAGCCGAAUGCGACAGACAGCGGCAGAGAAUCUGCCAACGGCACACACUUCUCCGAUGCAGGAUUCGGGGGUGAACUCGGUGACCACAGGAGUCGAAGGAGCAGAGAUUACACCAAGGAUGAAGAGCGCCUCCGACGUGCCACAGGCCAGCAUUCUCCGGUCUUCAGCAAAGCGCAGGUUGGGCGGGAUUCUUCAAGAGCGGACAACUGGCGACGACGCCGCGAAGCGGAGGCCGAAGCCGAGAAUAAUGUCACAGAAGAGGACGGCAACGCCGGUCCCUCGGGUCCUUCUCCAAAUCUACCGUCUGGCUGGGGUUACCGAGCAGGUCACCGGCAAGAAUGGGAGCGAAAGUUCAGCCCGUCUAGCUUGUCUGAUCAGCAGGAGCAGAGAACCCGCAAUCGCUCGUCGGGCUCGAUGACUAGCACACACGAACCAUUCUCCCAACCUGCGCAUACAUCGCGUUCCCCGGCACGGAGCGCCCCGCCAGCUCGUAAUGCUCUUGGAGAACGCCCAGAUGCCGUCAACAUGGAUCACCAGGGAACACAACAAGGAUUGGGCAUCAAAGAUACGAUUCCAGGGAAAGACUCAUUCGCGGACGGCGAGCAAAUUCCGAACUCUCCAAUCACCAUCUACAAAAACUCGUCAUUCUCCAGGCCGAGUCCCAGCAAACGGGACUCACGGGAUCUGUUGCGCAGUCUGUCCAGGUCUGAAAGCCACAAGGCCGAUGAAGUUAAAACCCCAGAGCCUCCGAAGCUCUUCGAACGGAAGAUUUACGACAAGACUCCCCGUGUCACAGGUGCUUGGAUUGACACACCCAUGACCCAGCGUGUGGCAGAGAAGAUUGAGCUUCCCGAGGACCUGACCAAAGAUAUUGUACUUCCACGGCCCACCCAAGAGGUGAAGGAUCCCAGCCCUCCCGCUCAAAAACCACAGGAAGAUGCACCCAAGGCGGAGGUAUCAAAGCCCGCCCAGCCAAUCGAGGCAGCGCCUGUUCCCGAUACACAAUCUAGCAAGCCGUUCAGAGCCCCAUUGCCUCGACCUCAUUUACCGAAAAGUGCUCUUGAAACAGUGAUUGAAGAUGCUAGCUCAGGGAAGGACGUAGACCUUGGAGAUGACACUCUUGAAUCUCUCCAGGCUAUCAUGGAUGGCCCGAGCGAAAUCAAGGUCGAAGAAGAGGAUGAUGAAGCCUACGAAAAAGUCGUCCUGGCAAGUCUUGAAAAGGCCAAUUCCAAGGAGCCCGAUGCUGUGAACUUCGAUUCACUCAACCUCAAACUCAACUCGCUGAUGAAGCACAUCAACGAUGUGCAGAAAGGGCUCGACGGGCUCGAAGGGAACGUCACGCGAAGUGUUGCAGUUUCCUCACAGGCCGAUCUUCCGAGCAAGGCGAGAUCAUCAACAGAUGUGCAUGCAGGCGCACCUUGCAAGGGAUGCGGCACAUGCACUGACGGACGAGUCUACGCUGCCGUCCGUCUCCCCCGCUUAUUCGAACGGCAUCCCCGGUCUCAACGCCUCCAGCCAACAAGACUGUUCUGGUUCAUCGUCAUACCACUGUGUUGGUGGGUCAUCGAAUGCUUAAUGUCGGAUUCAUUCAGCUACUCCGAUAUUUCCGAGCCCUGCGAUGGAUACUGCCUACAGCCAGAUGCGCCAGCCUACCCAUGGGUAACCGUGACAAUGCUUUGGCGCUGGUCUCAUCUCUCGGCAAUCUGCACGCCUAUCUUAACUCUUCUAGUCGCCCUAUCCAGGCUGGUGGCACAACUGUUCGGAUUCUCGGAUGGCUACGUUGAUGACUUGCCUGAGCUUACUGAUAUUGUUGGUGAAAUCCGUAUCAAUGGGACUGCAGUUGCCUUUCCGUGGUUGUCAGCGCCUACGCCGGUAAAUGUCGAGUCUCAGGCUCCCAUCAAACAAAACCCGCCAGUCCAGCAACCUACGCAACGGCCUGAAUAUGCUUGGCCACCCGCGGAUGCAUAUACACCACAAUGGGGCUCUGAUCUACCAACAGGCGACGAGGGAAUGGAUGAUGAUGAGUAUAUCUGA